AUGGAUCUCAAAGUAGAAGUUAAACAGUUAGAAGCGGGGCAGAUAGAAGCGGGGCAGAUAGAAGCGGGGCAGAUAGAAGCGGGGCAGAUAGAAGCGGGGCAGAUAGAAUCGGGCCAGAUAGAAGCUGCUCAGUUAGAAGCUGCUCAGAUAGAAGCUGAUGAAAAUCAGGACUAUUACUCCGAUUUAAAAAAAAUAUGUGAAUUAAAAGAGCUUUCUCAGUUAGGAGAAAAUAAAAAAAAAGUUGUAAAAUGUUUUAAUGAUUUGUAUUGUACAAAAGGUGAUAAUUUAACAAAUUCGUUAAGUGAAAUAUAUUCAAUAGAUGUUAAUUCAGACACUAUUUUAUAUAUCUUACAAAAGUAUCUACAUAUGCAUGGGUUAUGUAUACCAUGUUAUAAAUUUACAAAUAAUGAUCAUUCAUGUGAAUAUAAUAUUAGAUGUAAAUGGUGUCACCAUCAUACACAUCUUAAUAUAAAUUCAGUAUUAUAUCCAAAUAAAAUAUUGCAUGCAAAAAAUAAAUGUAAUGUAUGCACACAUUUUCUUAAAGGGCGAUUAUGUUUAUCAAAAAAUGAAUGUAAAUUUUGCCACUCUUUUGAUCAUUUACCAAUUUAUUUAAAAACAAAAUAUUAUAAUAUAUUAAAUAAUUUGUAUAAAAAAAAAAUGAAUACUAACAUUAUAAAUAAACACAUUUUAAAAAAAAUGAAAAAAAGUAUUAUUAAAGAAAAUACGUACCAUUCUACAUUUUAUGUUAUAGAUAAAGAUUUAAUGAAUAUAUUUGGUGAGCAUGAAAAAGAUGGCAAAAAUGGUGGAGAAAGAGAUGGCAAAAAUGGUGGAGAAAGAGAUGGCAAAAAUGGUGGAGAAAGAGAUGGCAAAAAUGGUGGAGAAAGAGAUGGCAAAAAUGGUGGAGAAAGAGAUGGCAAAAAUGGUGGAGAAAGAGAUGGCAAAAAUGGUGGAGAAAGAGAUGGCAAAAAUGGUGGAGAAAGAGAUGGCAAAAAUGGUGGAGAAAGAGAUGGCAAAAAUGGUGACGAUGUCAGACUCACUAAUAGUAUUCCACAAAAUAAUAUUAUAUAUGAUCAAAAUAAUAAAAAAAAAAAAAUCACAAUACAUCAUACAUGUAAUGAAUGUAGCCAAAAUAAAAAACCAUGCUUAGAUUAUUUCCUUUCCUUAAAAGAUUGUCAAGAUAGUUGCAAUAAAUGUCAUGAUGAUAUACAUAAAAAUAAAUUCUCAAAUUUAUAUUUUUUAACAUAUAUGCAUAAUAAUAAAAUUUGUAAUGUUUGUCCAUUUAUUAAUGAAGAAAGAUGUAAUUGUGAUCAAACAACAACUUAUUGUCAUGAUACUGAUCAUAUAUUAUUUGAUAUAAAAUUUAAAAAUUCUUUUAAUGUUUCUUCACAAUAUUUACAAUCACAAUUUUUAUAUAAAAAAGAAAAACAACUCAUGGAAACAGCUAACGAAGAGGAUGAGGGAGAGGACGGAUAUGUCUCAAAUCCAAACGAUGCAUCUCUUAUCGAAUCUGCUAAUGCAUCUAAUAUAGAUGCACAUGAUGAUAAUAACACCUUGGAAAAAGAAGAACCCAAAACAUGA